CAAGCAGUCUGAGAUAGUUCAGCUGGGGGAGCUAGUUAGAGUUAGGGGGAGGAUCACCAUCUAUAGGGGGAUGCUACAGAUUACAGUGAGGGAUGUGGUAGUGGAGAGGGAUCCAAAUGCAGAGGUGUUACACUGGUUGGAUUGCAUCAGGUUAGCCAAACAGUGCUAUGACUUGCUGCCUGCUGUUACUCUUCCUAGAUCUGUUCUGAACCCACCUCAAGAUGGCUCUGACCGUUAGUUGGAUGGUGCUCUUCAAAGCAUGCCAGCCUGGAUAGUUUGUUACCUUUUUCAAUCUUAUGUGUAUAUCCUCAUAAUCUGUUCUUGUGUGGAUUAUUUUCAUUCAAACUUACAAGUGUUUCUUGUAUUCUUGCAUCUCCUAGUUUUAUGACAAAUCUACUGAGCUACCAGGUCCUUAGGGCAAAUGUCCAUUCUUUUCAGUCACUCAAUGGAAGCAACUCAUAUAACAAGGAGAUAUAUGUUUUGCAAGUUCAUUGCUUUCUUUUGUACUUAUAUCAUGGUUAUGCUACAAUAUAUGCAAAAUCUUAAUGCUGAUUACAGCUGAUAGCUGAUUGCUGCUAUUAUGCAUCAGCAAGAUAUUGAUA